AACAGAUAAAGAAAGCAUAAGUUUAUCUUAUAUGGAACAGACCAAAAUCCGUUAUCCAAUUCUUCUCCCGCUACGCUACUACUCCUUUUCGCUUCACAACAAUUGGGCAUUGGCCCCAUUACUUCCUAAUACUGACAAUUCCACCUUCAAAUUAUCUUCACUACCACAUAAACAAUAGCAGAGUAGUAUUAGUUCCAUUAUUCUCUUAAACCAUUGUCAAAAAAAAAAAAAAAAAAAAAAAUCUAUUUUCUUAAACCUUUUCCCACUUGGGGUUCCAUUUUUUUUUCUUCAUUUUCUUGCUUUUGGUGUUAAAUUUCUUGGUUAUCUCAUAAGUGUUAUUCUUAGUUCUUCAAUGCUCUCUUGCACAUUGUGGGUGCUUUUUUACUGAAUGCUUCAAUGUUUUCUUGGACAAGUAAUAUGCAGUUUCUUGAAUUGUGUCACAUUUUUACUGCCCUAUGAGUCUGAAAAAUGUGGCUUAUUAUAUACGUACUUAAUGAGCACUUCAAUGGUCUUAUGUCAAAAUUUGCUAUCUUUCAAGAAAAGUAGCUCUCCCAACUCAGUAUUUGUGGGUAAAAAUUCUGUUUGCUUUAGUUGGGGUAGGAGGAAAUCAUUUGGUUCUACUCCAAAUGCAAAGAAAAAGCAUUCAAAGAAGAAAAGUUGGUGGAGAAAAUUCUUUCUUGAAGAUGAUGAGAAUUGGUUGGGACUUAAAGAUGAGGAUAUGCUUGAUGGACUUGAAUCUGAAGGCUUAGGUAGUGAUGAUGAUGAUGAAUUAUCAGAGAAUGAAAAGUUUGAAGCUUGGAAGAGACGAGCCGAAGCAAUCAUGGAGAUAAGGGAAGCACAAGAAGAUAUAAAGAAUGAGGAGAAUAGGAAGUGGGAUGAUUGGCUUGUGGAUGGAACUGUUGAUUUAGGUGAUGGUUCAUCAUGGGUUCAAGAAUCCAAUGGCAUCAUUGGAGAAUCUGAAGAUAACAUGCAGGAAGAUGAAUUAAUACCUGGGAGGGGUUUGGUUAAAUCUGUGAGGGAUAUGGUACUCGGCAGGGAAGAUGAUGAUAUGCUAUACGAAGAUCGUAUUUUUCAGUAUGCUUCACUUAACUCUGCUAAGUUUUUGGCAGUGCUGAUAAUUGUCCCAUGGGCGUUGGAUUUUGUAGUUCAUGACUACGUUCUUAUGCCAUUUCUUGACAGAUACGUUAAGACUGUACCUUUAGCAGCACAGAUGCUUGAUGUCAGAAGAAACCAAAAGCUUGAAAUGGUUAAGGAACUGAAGACUGAGCAAGCACGCUACCGCUUUGAGGUUGAGAUUGGUAAAUCUCCACCUUUGUCUGAAAAGGAGCUGUAUCUGGAGCUAAGACACAAAGCGUUAGAGUUGCGGGAUGAGUGGAGGUUAGAAAAUCGCAAGGCAUUUGCUAAUAUAUGGUCGGACUUUGUUUUUGGGGUCUCACUAUUCAUUCUUUUGUACUUCAAUGAGAGUAAAGUAAAGCUACUCAAAUUUACUGGUUACAAGAUACUAAAUAAUGUCUCGGACACCGGCAAGGCAUUUCUGGUUAUUCUGAUUACUGAUAUCUUUUUGGGGUAUCACUCUGCAUCUGGUUGGGAGACUUUGCUCGAGGUCCUUUCGGAGCAUUAUGGUAUUGAAGUUGAUCAAUCAGUGAUAACCAUAUUUGUCUGCCUGGUUCCAGUUGUAAUUGAUGCCUGUGUGAAGCUCUGGUUGUUUAAGUUCUUGCCGAGAUUAUCACCUAGAGUGUCCAAUAUUUUCCGGGAAAUGACGAGGCAUUAGAGAGACUUUCCCCAUAUCUUUGGUUUCAGUUGCAGCAGCAUCGACAGGUAGAACAUACGAUCAGUCCCAUGAUUAUUCUAUAUUUCAAAUACUCUUCUCCUUUCUUUCCACUUUUCCAUAUAGAGGCUCCUUACCUGAAAUUGGAGUAAAGUGUAAAAGGACCUUUUUUUUUAUUUUUCAUAAUGUGAAUAGCUUGUCAUCAAAGUGGCAUCAUUCCUUGAAUAUUUUGGAUCAGAGUUGUGGGUAUAUUUGUUACCCCCAUCAUUUGUUUGUCAAUAAUAUUCAAAUUCUGAACAACAAA